CAUUGCUCCGCGUAAACUAUUUCGUAUUAUAAAAACUCCAGAAUGUCUUGAUUGUUUACAGUUCGCGACCGGUAGUUUACGUUUGUUUCUCGCUGCGCGCGACGAGAGCACUCUGCACUGCAGACAAAUAGAUUCGCUUUUUUAUCUGCUCCAUACAAGCACAAAUGCCCUCGUCGACACGGUGUGCUCUCUGUAGUUCGUUCGUUUUGAGAGCCCGACCUAACUGUAGUGUUGUUGUGAAUUCGUGCAUUAGGGCUAUAUAAUAUACUCGAUCAAGCUGAGCUCGUAUCAAGUAUAGCCCCGACUGACUGCAGAACUGCAGUGCACUGCUGCGCUCGCACAAUACGAGGCAGGCUUCAUUCGUCGGCCUCCAAACAGCGUAUAUCCUGCUGAUCGUUGGCUAUCGCACGUAUACUCAAUUGGCAGGUUGUGUCAGUUCGGAGUAAAGUCAAGGCUGAAUUGUGCGCGGUGUGAGAUCGGAGCUCGGGUUGAACCUUAGCAUGGCAGCAGUUUCACUUCUGAUAGAGCGGUAGCGAUGUUCUUGAUUCUCGUGGUCACGGUGCCUCCGAGCAGGCAUAAUGACAAAUAUCGCGUGUCAAUGACUCCGGCGUCGGUGGCCGACAGUUAAUGUCCAACUCCGAUCUACUUGCGACUUCGUGAGAGACUGCACCAGACUAUCGAAGCACCGGCCGGUACCCCUCUGCUUCGUCAACAUGAACGCGACGAGCCUCUACGUGUCAACCUGCCGUCUAGUGCUUCAAGCUGACAGCGAGGAGCCUAACUCCUGGCAGGAUCUUUACCGACUUGUGCCCUAUUUGCGCCAGAGCCUCAGCUGCACUGUCUGCUCGAAUUUGCUCAUUGAGCCACACACUCCCACAGAGACUAACUGUCAGCAUCAUGUGUGUCGAAACUGUCGUGGUGGACGAAAAAAGCUCAAGCCCUCCUGUGGUUGGUGCAAAGAUUAUGAUAAGUAUGUUGAGAAUGUACAGCUCAGGAUACUUUUGCAGUGCUACAAAAAGCUCUGCGAAUAUCUCACAAGCACACCCAUCUACAGGUGUCUUCUACUUGCUGUGACUAACAGCAAUUCUGCUAAUGGUAUACCCUGUUUGGGUGCUAGCUGUCUUGCAGAACUGAUCAAUGAAGGAGCUGGAUUCAAAGAUGAUUACAAAAGUAAUGCAGGUCUCUCAAGAUCUGCUUACAGUAUUUUACCUUGUGUUUAUACUACUAGUACUACCUCUACUCAAACUAAUGUUAGUACGAAUACCCAACCAGUUAGUCAUGCAGAUCAACUGACUGCUAGUACAACUCAAGAGCCGCCUACUAUAAAGACUGUUUCCAAUGGUUCUUCUAUUUAUUCUGUGAUGUAUGCUGGUACUGGUAAUAAGAUAACCAUUAGAAGAAAAGCUGCCACAACAGAAGAUUCUGUAAAUUUAUUGCAACCAAAAAUAGAGCCACAAGUGUCUGCUACUGUGCAGCCAUCUCAGGUGCCACAAACAUUAUCACAACCUUCUCUUGGCCUUGUGAAAUGUAUUCCUGCUUCUCAGUUAACUUAUGCCCAAUGCGAACCUAAAAAAAUUGUUAAAAACAAUAAGUCAAGAUCAAGUUCAUCCCGAAGUAAAAGAAAAGGAUGUCGUUGUGGAAAUGCUACAGCUAUUCCAGGAAAAUUAACAUGUUGUGGGCAAAGGUGUCCUUGCUAUGUUGAAAGUAAACCUUGUCUUGAGUGUAGAUGUAGAGGAUGUCGGAAUCCUCACACAAGAGAGGGUUUCAAGAUUCGACCUCACAUACCAGAACUCCAAAACUUACAAUUGCAAUUGACAAGUCCAUUAGAUUGUGAUGGUUUAUCAACAGACCCUCUUAGUACAGUGCAACAGUGUCUUUCAAUAUCUCCACCUACCAUUCAAGUUUUGAAUGUCUUUUCAGGUCCAAGACUAGAAAUAUCUCAAGAUCUUCCUACUGCCCUUUUAGUUGGGGAUGAUGCAUUACCUAGUACAGGUAGUGAAGCUGAUGAUAGUGACAUACAAAUUGAUGUAUGACAAAGGCUUUAAAUGCACUCUGAAUGCAUUUCCAACUUACUUACUAAAAAUAAACUUUUAAAAUGUGUAUUAAAGUUUUUGACAGUGAAUACACAUACAAAACUAAUAAGUUCUAUAGUUAUAAGAAUUUGUACAUAUAAAGUUAGGUAUAUUUCAUCA